AUGUUUUCUGUGUCAAGGCUCUGCCGGAUUUCACACCUCUUCGAAGCUAGGAUUUUCCGUAAUUUCACCUCUCAGCCGACUCUCAACCGUGUUUAUUGGCUCUCAUCAGGCAACAUUUACCGCAACCUUGCCUUUGAGACCGCUCUUUUUAACAAUAAUACACGCUACGCCACGGAGCCGUCUUCGCAGAUUCGACCUGCUGAUGUAGUGAUUUGGCGCUCCGAUCCCUGCGUGGUGAUUGGACGCAACCAGAUCGCCUGGCUCGAUGCCAACCCCCGCGAGGUGGAGGGCCGUGGGUGGCUUCUGGCCAGGCGCAUGUCUGGAGGCGGUGCUGUCUUCCAUGAUCACGGCAACCUCAACAUCAGUUUUCUAGAGUCUCGGAAAAAUUUCGACCGGCGCAAAUGUAUGGAAUUUCUACAGCAGACUCUGAUGUCUAGGUGGACGAAGUUAAACGUGUUUGUUGGUCCACGUCAUGAUCUCUGGCUUCUACCUCCUGGUUUGUCAGUAGACGCGAACACUAAAACGGUUCGUUCGAUUCUCGAGCAUAUCGCGCUUCUCGUGCCUGAUGGGGCAUUCAAGUUUUCUGGAUCGGCAUCCAGAUACUCGUCCACCGCAGGACUGCAUCACUGCACCCUCAUGUUUGACACAGACGUUAGCGCCAUGUCCGCUGUCUUGGAGCCAGCUGUGCCGGAGAUAGAGACUAGAGCCUCGCGCAGUAUUUGCAGCCCUGUAAAGAAUCUUGGCGUCACCGAAACCGAACUGAAGUCCACACUCUUCGGGGCAUGUGUGGAAUGGUUGACAACCGACGCUGUGGAUGAAAAAGCAGAAUUGAUCACUGUAAACGCUGGUGAAGAGUGUGAGUGGGUUAAUGCGAAAGACUUUGAGGCGAACCUAACCACCUUUCAGUCAUGGGAUUGGAUUUACGGUUCCUCACCGAAAUUUUCCAUUCCUAUGGAGACGGAUUCUGGAACAUUACUCUGUCUGGAUUGCGAGAAAGGCCGUAUCAAGAGGUUAAAGCAAGUUAAAAUCUUGGUCGCAUCGACUUUGCUUCAGCGGAUAUCCUCGGCAAUAAUCGGCCAAUCUGCAGUCAACCAUUGGCUAGAUAAGCUCAAUGAGGCACUUGCUGGAAAGCCACUAUCUUUUGAAGCCAUUCACAAUACCUUAUUAGAGUUUGAGAUGUCAAACAGUACCGGUAGUGAAGCCAACGGUUCCGCCGAUCCAUUCGAUGAUUUCUCACAAAUAAUCGACAGGUUACGGGCCAUGGCUACUUGUUUCUAG